AUGUAAACAGGCUGGCUCUGACCCUCUGACCAUCACACGUGUUUGACUUUCAUGACAGCAGUUAUUGCUGUACUUUUAGUAAACUAAAAUAUGGAAUACAACAAGUGUUUUUUUUAAUUCUGCUGACGGUGUGUUAUUUUAGCAGGAGAGGAUGAGUGGUCAGAAUGCUUCUCAUCCUGUCAGUGAUGAUGACAUCACUCCUCUGCAGCAGAUGGUGUCUUCCUGCUCCGGAGCCUUCAUCACAUCCCUGCUGGUCACACCUUUGGACGUCAUAAAGAUCCGACUGCAAGCACAGAAAAAUCCUCUCUUCAAAGGAAAAUAUUUCGUCUACUCUAAUGGACUUAUGGACCACCUGUGUGUGUGUGAAAACGGCUGGUCCAGAGCCCACGGUCACUUCAGUGGCACUUUUGACGCCUUCUACAAAAUAGUUCGCUGUGAGGGAAUCAGAGCCUUAUGGAGUGGACUGCCUCCAACACUUGUGAUGGCGGUGCCGGCCACAAUGAUCUACUUCACGGGUUACGAUCAGCUGUGUGCGGUCCUGAGGAGGAGGAUGGGCGAGCAGGCCCACUGGGCUCCACUCUUAGCAGGAGGAAUAGCUCGAGUGGGCUCGGCCACAGUCAUCAGCCCCCUGGAGCUGAUCCGCACCAAGCUGCAGUCUCAGAAGCAGUCGUACCAGGAGCUGAGCCACUGCAUCCGUUCUGCAGUGGAGGCCGAGGGCUGGUGGUCUCUCUGGAGGGGUCUGGGCCCCACCCUGCUCCGAGACGUGCCCUUCUCUGCCAUGUACUGGUUCAACUACGAGAGGAGCAAGAGCUGGCUGUGUGAGCAUUACCAGAGCAGUGAGGCCACGUUCAGCAUCACCUUCAGCUGUGGAGCUGUGUCAGGUUCUGUGGCAGCCAUCGUCACUCUGCCCUUUGAUGUGGUCAAAACCAGAAGGCAGGUGCAGCUCGGGGAACUGCAAGCAAGCAACUUGCUGUCCAAGUCGUCCUCAUCCACCUUCAGCGUGAUGAGAAGGAUUGUGGCACACGACGGCUUUAAGGGGCUGUUUGCAGGUUUCUUCCCCAGGCUGGUCAAAGUGGCGCCUGCCUGUGCCAUCAUGAUCAGCUCGUACGAGUUUGGAAAAAGCUUUUUCCACAAACACAAUCAGGAGAGGAGGCUGAGGUUGUUACAGACCAACAACACGUGACGCACUAACAACAACCACUUUAUGUAGACAAAAUAAUAAAUAAUAAACACAGAGGGAGUGAAAAACAAACCAUUUCAUCAUUUUCUUCUACAGUUACAUUCUCAGUUGUUUGACCACCAGCAGGGGGCGCCAGUGUUGAGUUCCUGCUCACCUUUGGGUCAGGUGAUCAGUGUCCUGAAAAUACAGAAGCUAAAUGAUUUUUUUGUUUGUUCUUUGUGUCACUCAUGAAGCAUGUUGACCUGAUUGUGUCACUGAAACCACAACAGGAAUCAGCUCAACAACAGGAAACUGACAAUAAAAUCACAUAUUUACAACA